GUCCAACAAGAAGACAAAGGAGUCCAACAAGAAAACAGAAGAGUCCAACAAGAAAGCAAAAGAGUCCAACAAGAAAGCAAAAGAGUCCAACAAGAAAGCAAAAGAGUCCAAAAAGAAACCAAAAGAGUCCAACAAGAAAGCAAAAGAGUCCAACAAGAAAACAAACGAGUCUAACAAAAAAAAAAGAGUCCAACAAAAAAAAAAAGUGCAACAAGGAAAGAAAAGAGUCCAACAAGAAAACAAAGGAGUCCAACAAGAAAAAAAAAGAGUCCGACCAGAAAGAAAAAGAGUCCAACAAGAAAGCAAAAGAGUCCAACAAGAACACAAAGGAGUCCAACAAGGAAAGAAAAGAGUCCAACAAGAACACAAAGGAGUCCAACAAGAAAGCAAAAGAGUCCAACAAGAAAGCAAAAGAACCUACCAAGAAACCAAAAGAGUCCAACAAGAAAGCAAAAGAGUCCAAUAAGAAAGCAAAAGAGUCCAAUAAGAAAGCAAAAGAGUCCAACAAGAAAACAAAAGAGUCCAAUAAGAAAGCAAAAGAGUCCAACAAGGAAACCAAAGAGUCCAACAAGAAAGCAAAAGAGUCCAACAAGAAAGCAAAAGAGUUCAGCAAGAAAACAAAAGAGUCUAACAAGAAAGCAAAAGAGUCCAACAAGAAAGCAAAAGAGUCCAGCAAGAAAAACAAAAGAGUCCAGCAAGAAAACAGAAGAGUCUAACAAGAAAACAAAAGAGUCAACCAAGAAAACAAAAGAGUCCAACAUGAAAGCCAAAGAGUUCAACAAGAAAGCAAAAGAGUCCAACAAGGAAGCAAAGGAGUCCAACAAGAAAACAAAAGAGUCCAACAAGAAAACAAAAGAGUCCAACAAGAAAACAAAAGAGUCCAGCAAGAAAACAAAAUAGCCGAACGAGAAAACAAAACAGUCCAAGAAGAAAGCAAAAGGGUCCAAAGAGAAAACAAGAGAGUCCAACAAGAACACAAAAGAGCUGAACAAGAAAACAAUUAA